AUGCAAAUACGGUUCUAUCCUCUAAGAUCCAUUUAUCUACCCGUUCUGGGAAAUGUACCCAAUUGUAUUUCAUGGUUGGCCGUUAUUUUGAAACUAUCGGUGUUUCUUCCGGAAGGGAUGGAUUAUUGGAUUAGUUUACUGGAAUUGAUUACUGGAAUUGUCUAUGUUAGUGCUGUGGAAGGAUACAGAGAAGAUUCAGAGGAAAGCUAUGGACCGAUCAAGACGGAUGACUUACAUCAUUUGAAAGAAGGCGAAAUUUUUGUGGAUUCUGAAAGUGGACACAAAUUUCGAGUGAAGAAAACUGCUUUACCACAGCAAUCUGUGGGAGGACCACAUGGAGUUGGAGAUCCAAAUGACCGAUCAUUGCGUCGAUUGGAAGCAGAUGUUUUAAUACCGGAUCGCAUGAACGAACGGAUACAAAGAGUUGAAUGUCGCGAACCGCUUGAAGGGCUGGCGCGAUGUUUUAGAAAAGAAGGUAACGUUAUUGGUAUAAGAAAAUGUCAGAAAGAGUUGAAGCGGUAUGAAGAAUGUCAACUUGCUAAAUUUAAUGAUCCAUGGUUCCGUCAACAAAUCACUGAUGAAUAUAUCAAGGAGCGAUCUGAAUAUCGUCGAACGGGAAAAAAUGUAAUGGAAAGAAAGUGGGAAGACUAUUGCGAGUAUAAAAAGAAAAAGGGUGAUUGGAUUGAUCUCAGUGAUUAUAACAAAUGA